AUGCUACAUGAGAAAAAUAACAGACGGCCGCGGCGCGCCGGGCCAGAGCGCAAGCCUCGCCAGGCCUACAGCGCCAAACAGCUGGAACGACUCGAAGCCGAGUUCAAACUGGACAAGUACCUCAGCGUCUCUAAACGAAUGGAACUAUCCAAAGCCCUCGGCCUCACGGAAGUACAGAUCAAAACCUGGUUCCAAACGAGAACGAAGUGGAAAAAGCAGCUCACGUCACGGCUAAAAAUUGCGCAGAGACAGGGACUAUUUCCAGGCCAGAUAUUCGGUCACGCAUCACAAGCGUAUUCACUGUUGAAUCCAUAUGCUUACGCCCCGCUUAGUUGUGUGUUUACUCCAGUAACAUUGCCGUCUAGUCCGCCGUAGGGUUGUGAA